AUGCUAUCCUUCCUUUCUGCUGUCCACAACUUCAACCAGGAUUCCCGUCUCUUACCUAACAUCACCCUGGGUUACAAUAUCUAUGACAACUAUUUCAGUGGGCAAAUGACUUCGGAUGCUCUGCUGGACCUGCUUUCGGACGGGGAGGCCAAUGUCCCCAACUACAGCUGUGGAAGGCAGAAAAACACAGUGGCCAUCCUUGAAGGGGCCAACGCUGACAUCUCCAUCCUCAUUUCAACCAUGUUGGGCACCUUCAAAUUCCCACAGACAAAUAAAAUGGUGACCUAUGAAGCUUUUAAACAAUUUCACUCCUCCAUGAAACACUUUGUAGAGAAAUCCUUUAUGUGCUCCUACAGCAAGGAUGCCUUGUCUGUGAAAGUCUGGAGACGGUGCAGGGAGAGAGAAGAACUGGAGCCUCUGCCCCAGGAAGAGAUCAACCAGGUCCUCUCUCUCGACAGCUAUUUCACUUAUAACAUCAUCUGGGCUGUCGGGCUGGCCUUGCAGUCAGCCUAUUUCUCCAGAUCCAACAGGCCAGUGAGAAACAGUGGGGAGCACCGGGAAGUUCCAAGGCUGAAGGCUUGGCAGUUUCACACCUUCCUUCAAAACUCCCAGUUCCGCAAUAAUUCCAUUGAUGGGGUAUAUUUGGAUGAGAAUGGAGAGCCGGCUGCUGACUUGGACAUUGUGACCUGGCUGGUUUACCCCAACAAGUCUGUCACCAGGAUGAAAUCUGGCCGUCUAGAAAGACAGGGGUUCCAGGGUUCCAAAUUGGUGAUCCACGAGGACAAUAUUGCAUGGAUGGAGAAGCUGAACAAGUUUCUGGAUGUUCUUCCUCUCUCUGCCCAGCCCCUGCCUCCUUCCCGGUGUGUGGAAAGCUGUCCUCCCGGAUUCAGGAAGGUGGCUCAGGAAGGGCGGCCCAUCUGCUGCUACGACUGUCUUCCUUGUGCAGAAGGAACCAUCUCCACCCAGGAAGAUGCAGAAAAAUGCACCACUUGUCCAGAAGAUCAGCAUCCAAAUAUCAGUCAAGAUCGUUGUAUUCCCAAAAUUAACACCUUCCUAAAUUAUAAAGACUAUUUGGGGAUCAUCCUAAUUUCCAUUGCCUUGUUCCUAUCUUUAACAACAGCCUUUGUCUUGGGAAUCUUCAUUAAAUUCCAAGACACUCCAAUCAUCAAAGCCAACAAUCGGGACCUCUCCUACAUCCUCCUCGUCUCCCUCCUGCUUUCCUUCUUCACCUCCUUCCUCUUCAUUGGCCAGCCAAGAAGAGCCACCUGCCUCCUCCGACAGACAACCUUCAGCAUCAUCUUCUCAGUUGCCAUUUCUUCUGUCUUGGCCAAAACGAUCACGGUGGUGCUGGUCUUCUUGGCCACAAAACCAGGGAAUAAAGUACAGGGAUGGCUGGGGAAAAGCUUGGCCAACUCUAUCGUCCUUUCUUGCUCUGGUCUCCAAGUUGUCAUUUGCAGCAGCUGGCUUGGUGCUUCUUCCCCAUUUCCUGACUCUGACCUACACUCUCAGCCUGGAGAGAUCAUCCUGCAAUGCAACGAAGGAUCCGUCACCAUGUUUUACUGUGCUCUUGGCUACAUGGGCUUCCUGGCUGCUGUCUGCUUCACAGUGGCUUUCCUGGCCAGGAACCUUCCUGGGUCCUUCAAUGAAGCCAAGCUGAUCACCUUCAGCAUGCUAGUUUUCUGCAGCGUCUGGGUCUCCUUUGUGCCCACCUAUCUGAGCACCAAGGGGAAGUACAUGGUAGCUGUGCAGGUCACCUCCAUCUUGGCCUCCAGUGCUGGGCUGCUGGGCUGCAUCUUUUUCCCCAAGUGCUACAUUAUUAUUUUGAGGCCAGACCUCAAUACUAAGGAGCAAUUAAUCAUGAAGGCUAAAAGAGAAAAAUGA